CUUAAAUGUCUGUUGGAAUUUCAUAAUAAUUUUAAUAUCUAGCAGCUAUGGCACAUGAUGAGGACAACGGUUUUGCAGAGUGGGGCGGUUACUUCGAAGCAAAAAAGUCCAAGCUCGAAGAACAAUUUGCAGCGGCAAGUGAUCCUUUUCGGAAAUCAAAUCUCUUCGCCGGAAUUUCCAUCUUUGUCAACGGCCUGACUAAUCCAUCUGCAGAUGAGCUGAAGCGCAUAAUGAUGGUGCACGGUGGCACUUAUCAUCACUACGAACGCCCUCACACCACGUUCAUAAUUGCCUCCAAUUUGCCGGAUGUGAAGGUUCGCAAUAUGGAUACUAGCAAAAUAAUCGCUGCCCAGUGGGUGGUCGAUUGUGUACAAAAGGAACGCGUGCUGGACUACAAACCAUAUCUACUAUACACCAAUCAGAAAACCACGCAGCCGCGUCUAAACUUUGGCAAAAGUAAGAAAGAGAAGGAAGCAAAUUCCAGCACAGUGACCAUUUGCGAGCAAGUGGCAACGACUACGCAGUUGGAGGGCCAACUAGGAAGCAUCCUUAAGGAGUUGCAGCAAGCUGCAUUGACUGCCACGAGCAACGAUGUGUCGAAACCUGCCGAUAAUACGAGUAUCAACGCCACCGUCAAUGGCAAUGCGGCGCGCACAGCCGUUGAUCCUGCUUUUCUCAGUGAGUUCUACAAAAAAUCUCGUUUGCAUCACAUUGCAACACUGGGAGCAGGAUUCAAACAAUAUGUCUGCGAGCUGCGCCAGGCGCAUGGCAACAAACCAUUUGGAAAACGCGCUGAAUUGAAGUCCUUGCUACCAGACAGCCUGGGAAAUGACACAGCGCGUUAUGUUAUGCACAUAGAUAUGGAUUGCUUCUUUGUUUCGGUUGGAUUGAGGAAUCAUCCAGAGCUGCGUGGUCUGCCCAUUGCCGUUACACAUUCCAAAGGCGGCAGCUCGGCGACAGAUGUGCCUGUGCAUCCGCAGGCAAAUCGUCAGGUCGAAUUGGAGCUCUUUGCCCAACGUUUUGAACAGCACCAGCACGACAAUAUACGUGCUGACAAGGUACGCACGGGAUUUGAGGAGAAAAUGUCGCUAUCAGAGAUUGCAUCCUGUAGCUAUGAGGCGCGCGCCAAAGGCAUACGUAAUGGCAUGUUUGUGGGGCAGGCGUUGAAGCUUUGUCCCGAACUGAAGACCAUUCCGUAUGACUUUGAGGGCUAUCGUGAGGUUGCCUUUGCGCUGUACGACACCGUCGCGCAGUAUACGCUUAACAUCGAGGCCGUCAGCUGCGAUGAGAUGUUUGUAGAGCUAACCGAUAUGCUGCAGGAGCUGCAACUAGACGUGAUGGCAUUUGUGGGUCAUUUGCGACAGGAGGUGCGCGGCAAGACUGGCUGUCCCUGCUCUGCAGGCGUGGGCAGCAACAAGCUGUUGGCACGUAUGGCUACCAAAGUGGCCAAGCCAGAUGGACAACAUUUACUGACCACUAAUGAUGCAGCCGAGUAUAUGGCUGCCACGACUUUGGAUGCGCUACCCGGUGUGGGGCAUGGCAUGACCUAUAAGCUUAAUCAGGCUGGUCUGCGUACCUGUGGUGAUUUGCAGAAGAUAGCCAUUGAACAGCUGGAAACGUUGCUGGGCAAGAAAUCAGCGCAAACCAUUUAUCAGAACUGUCGCGGCAUUGAUCUGCGCCCACUAGUCUACGAGCAGCAACGGAAAUCUGUCUCAGCUGAGGUCAAUUAUGGCAUUCGCUUUACCAAGGCAGAGGAGUGUGAAACUUUUCUACGUCAGCUUUCGGCCGAGGUUCACAGCCGUCUGUUGGAAAUCAAGCGCAAGACCAAGCACAUUACGCUCAAAAUUAUGGUACGUGCUGCAGAGGCGCCGGUUGAAACAUCCAAGUUCAUGGGUCACGGCGUCUGCGACAAUCAGUCCAAGUCUGUAGUGUUGAAACAGAGCACAGACGAUGUCAACACCAUCACAUCGCAAGUUCUCAUCCUAAUGAGGCAAUGCGAGGUGCCGCCAAACGAGUUACGUGGCAUAGGCAUUCAAUUGUCCAAGUUGGACGAGCCUGGCGAGGAGAAAAAAGAGAAUGUAAUUAAGAAAAUGUUUGUCAAAAUGUCAGAAAAACAAAGAGAAAAACCUACGCUGCUGUCCACUGCAGCACCAGCGGAGCCUUCAACUAAAAUGCCAGCUCCAGAAAACCCGAAGGCAAAGUCCCGUCCUAAUGUUCUCGAUAUGUUAAAAAACGCAUCGAACAAAAAAUCAACUGUUCUUGAAGCUAAGUCACAAAUUGAAACUAAAACGGAAACGCCCACCACAAAGGCGACAACCAGCAUGUUUCAUUCUCAAUUCGAUCCGGAAAUAUUGGCCCAACUACCCGAAGAUAUACGCCGUGAAGUGUUGGCACACAAAGAGGAGUAUUUGCGAAGUGAAGUUGGACAUGCGAAACGCAAAUCAAGCGAUAAUAGCGCCAGCAGUGCGAAAAGAGCGCCUCCGCCCAUUCUGCCCAUCUGCAGUCCAUUAAAUGCCAGCGAUUUCUUGCCCUCCACUUCGAGGGCCGCCCUAGUUAAGCAGCAGGAACGUGUCCAACGCAAGAGUUACGCACACGCCAACAACACACCUCAAAUUGUUUUGGACUGCGGGGGCUGGAACGAGUUAGAGGCACCCUCGAAAUCAGCACCGGAUUGUGUAUCUGCAGAAUCGAAUAACUUACUACUCCAAAGCAAUUACAAAGAUGCAUUGGCGAGCUGGGUAGAGACGGAGGAGCCUUUAACCACGGACGUGAAGCUGAUAGAGUUCCAAAUAUGCGAGUUAAUCGAAAUGAACCAUUUCGAUCAAAUCUAUGAGGUGAUGAAGUAUUUUUGCAGAUUAAUAAAAUCCAAGCGCAGAGAGAGUUGUUUAUGGCAUAUAGCCUAUAAUCGUAUUGAAAACAAAAUACAGCACAGAAUGCUGGAGACGCUGGGCUAUGGCUUGUCAUUCAGAGAGGCAAUUAAUUGCGCUAAUUGCUCCGCAUACCCACAAUGAAGUAUAAUAAUUAUGUUAAGCCAAUCAGUACAAAACUAAAAGCUUGUACAUCUACUGUUAUCCACUGUUAACAGCGUGUUAGCCACUGUGCCCAUGUAAAGUAACAGCAGCCCAUUAACAUUCGUCUCUUGUCUCGGAGUCUGGGAAUUACAUGCAUUUACAAGUUGAAA